AUGGAAAGCGUCUCCUCUGAAGCCAACGUGUCGCAGACGAGGUCCUCCUUCUCCUCCCUGCUGGUGACCAAGCAGCUGCCCAUCGACCGGAACGAAUGGGAAGGCUAUUUUGAUGAGAGCGGCCACCUGGCGAAAUCCUGGGAUUUUAUUGCGUCCAUCAUCCUUGAAAGGGGCCUGGACCCCUCAGUGAGGCCAGAAGCGUGGAAGUUCCUCACAGGAUACUACCCAUGGAGCAGCUCACGUGAUGAGAGGCUCGCGGUUGAAGGCAUGAGGAGGAAGAAUUAUGAGUCCUUGGCCAAGUUGUGUGACAGGAUACAGCCCUUGCUGGAGACAGAGCACAGGGAUUUCUCUCGAGUCUGCAGCUUCAUCAACUCAGACCUGCAGAGACUGUACACGAGAGAUGCCCAAGGCCAAACCAGGGUGGACAAGAAGCAGAUGGAAAAAAUCCUUUUGCUCAACUACGUGUGCAACAUGGAGGCAGAGUACCAGCAAGGCUUCCACGAGAUGCUCCUGCUCUUCCAUCUCCUUGCUGAGCAGGAGCAUGAGAUCUACUGGCUCUUCCAGUUCUUCCUCCAGAAAACAGAGCACAGCUGUGUGAUGAACAUAGGCGUGGGGAAAAACUUGAUCAUGCUCAAGGCACUGAUUGCGUUUAUGGAUCCCACCUUUGCAAAACACCUGGAGGGAAAAGGCACUCAGGUUAUUCAGUCACUGUUCCCCUGGUUUUCCUUCUCCUUCCAGCGCGUUUUCAAAUCCUUCUAUGAUGUCUGGAGGCUCUGGGAGGUUUUCUUGAUAGGGAAGCCCUGCCGAAAUUUCCAAGUGAUUGUGGCCUACACACUGCUGCAGACAGUGAGAGAUCAGGUCCUGCGGGAGAACAUGGCUGGAGACGACAUCCUGACGCUCUGUGGAAACCUCGUGGACCUGGAUGCUGACCAGCUCAUCUCUGAGGCCUGCUCCACCUAUGACCGCCUCUUGGAACAUGCGGACAAGGUGCCGCCUGCACUGAUGGACUUCUUCACCCAGGCAAGGAAAUAA